UCCCCGGCUUUUAGGCAGCGCGAGCGUCUCGGGGCGCCGAGCCAGUAUCGGACACUCCCGGCCCCGCUCGCUCCUUACUCCCACUCCCUGCUCGCUUGCUAGUCCGGCCGCCUCCUCCCUUUCUUCCGCCCGUCGGGUCCGGUCCGGUCCGCCGUAGCCAUGGAAGCCAUCAAGAAAAAGAUGCAGAUGCUCAAGCUGGACAAGGAGAACGCCAUCGACCGAGCGGAGCAAGCGGAGGCCGACAAGAAGCAGGCGGAGGACCGCUGCAAGCAGCUGGAGGAGGAACAGCAGGGGCUGCAGAAGAAGCUGAAGGGCACCGAGGAUGAAGUGGACAAGUACUCGGAGGCCGUCAAGGAAGCCCAGGAGAAGCUGGAGCUGGCCGAGAAGAACGCCAGCGACGCUGAGUCUGAUGUGGCCUCACUGAACCGGCGCAUCCAGCUGGUGGAGGAGGAGCUGGACCGAGCCCAGGAGCGCCUGGCCACUGCCCUGCAGAAGCUGGAGGAGACGGAGAAGAUGGCUGACGAGAGCGAGAGAGGCAUGAAGGUCAUUGAGAACCGAGCCAUGAAGGACGAGGAGAAGAUGGAACUCCAGGAGAUGCAGCUGAAGGAAGCCAAGCACAUUGCAGAAGAGGCGGACCGCAAAUACGAGGAGGUUGCCCGUAAGCUGGUCAUCCUGGAGGGAGAUCUGGAGCGCUCAGAGGAGAGGGCAGAGGUGGCCGAGAGCCGCAUGAGGCAGCUCGAAGAGGAGCUCCGCACCAUGGAUCAGGCCCUCAAAUCCCUGAUGGCUGCAGAGGAAGAGUAUUCCAACAAGGAGGAUAAAUAUGAGGAGGAGAUCAAGCUGCUGACAGACAAACUCAAGGAGGCUGAGACCCGGGCAGAGUUUGCUGAAAGGUCUGUGGCGAAGUUGGAGAAAACCAUUGAUGACUUGGAAGACGAGGUCUAUGCCCAGAAGAUGAAGUAUAAGGCCAUCAGCGAGGAGCUGGACAAUGCCCUGAAUGACAUCACCUCCCUCUGAGCCCCACGGCACGCCAGCCAGGGCCCCCUCCCCUCCUCUCUGUCUGCUCCCUCCCCCUUGCUUGCCCAGGUGACCCCCAAGGUUGUUGGGGGGGCUCAUCCUCCCACCUGGUGCCUCGAGGCAGAGUGGGGGGAUCUUGCUUCAGUGCCGAAAGUGCCUUUCCAGGCAUAGCAGGAGGGUUGAGGGCUCUGCUAGCAAUACAGCCCUCAUUUGGGGGGUGGGCGGUGUGGGCUGUUUGGGCUGGAGAGGACUCUGGACUCCUUCCCCUUGAGGGUUGGGUGGGAGCAACAGCCUGGUCUUGGAAAGAGCAUCGUCCCAGGCAUCCCCCCCUGAAGCCCCUGCUGUGCCCGCCCUCCAUGCUGCAUUUCACGCCUCUGUCUUCCUUCUCUCCAGUCUCUGGUUCAAUAAAGACUCUCAGCAAAGUCUCUUCUGCCA